AGAAAGAAACUUCAUACUUCCCCGAGAGUGAGGAACCACUCAGCACUCAGAAGGGAAACCUAACAGCGACGAUGAUGAUGCCUCACUUACGAUUAUAUCACUACUCCCGUGCCUCAGAAGGAGGGCCCGCGCCGGGAUCUCCGGAUAUCCGCUUUAAUACCACCAUGCUGCCCUGACCUUUGCUUUUCUUUCCCCCUCGUGCUGCUCUAAUAACUUUUUUUCCUUCUUUUCUCUCCUCUUCCUUUGCUCCUAUUAGUUGCUACUAGUACCUGCAAUUGACCAUUGGUCUGCUUCCUGUCACCUUUGAUAGUUAUACUGAACUACUUGCUACCACCAUACAAUGUUGGGAAGAGCGGCAUUAGGCUUUACAGGCCUCUUCUGGAUGGCCUCCGGCCUUCUGCUGAUGUGGUUCACAUUCCUGGGAGGCACAAGAAACAGCAACCCGCUGAACAGGAUCUACUUCCUCGAAGCUGCCACUAGCAACAUCCCAGGCGCUCCGGCGACAUCCCGAUGGACUCUCUGGAACCUUUGCCCUGUUGUUGAUGGCAAGAACGACUGUGGAUCGAAUACACCCGACUUUCCCUUUGACCCUGCGAGCCACAGGAACUUCGGCACUGAUGUCAAUGUCCCGUCUCGAUUUAUUGAUAACCACAACCACUACUUCAUUACUUCUCGGUUCAUCUUUCCGUUCAUGCUCAUCGCCUUGUUCUUUGGCGUUUUGUCCUUCUUUACGGGAUUCUUCGCUAUGUGCGUUCGGGUUAUUGGCCAUGUUUCUGGCGUGUUUGCCUACAUCGCCUUGACCUUCCAGACCAUAGCUACCGCUAUGAUGACUGCUGUCUUCGUCCAAGGCCGCAACGCCUUUAGCCGUAACGGUCAAACCGCCAAGGUCGGUCCUAUGGCUUUCGGUUUCAUGUGGGCCUCAGUUGUUCUGCUCUUCUUUUCCGCCUUGUGUUACUUCUGGGGAGGAAGUCUCAAGCGGGAUGACGGCGGCUACAGUGGCCGGGAACAAAGACGGCGAGGCUUCUUCUCUUCUCAGCGCUCGUCCAGCGUGAGAAGCAACAAGGAGACCAAUGUCUAAGGAACUAGUCCGGCUACUAUAGACGGGAACACCGUCUGGACCAAAUGCCGAUUUGGUCAGUCGUCACAAAUAAAACGACACCGUUACGGAUACUAUUAUUUCUUCGGACUACUUAAUCUUACCGCGCUCGAUCGCAGUAACAUCGUUAUAUAAUAUCGGGGGGAAUUCGGAUGGCAAGGAACAUGUUCAGU